CGCGUGACCAUAGGAAGGGGCGGGGCUACGGGUUUCAGGAAGUGGGCGGCGGGUAAUUCCUCUGCCCAGCGUCGUUAUGGCUCGUGGAUCUCGGGUUCCGCUUCGGGGCAUCCCUGGCUUCAUCUCCCUGCCCCUCCUCGGGCUCUGGGUGGCCUGCGGCUCCGGCAGCACCCCGCCCAUUAGGGCGUCCCCGAUCCCCGGCUGCCCGUGCUCCGAGCCCGGCCUUUGCCGCCCGUUAUCGGGAACCAGCAAGCUGGAGGUUUUUGCCUUUGACGUCGGAGGAAAGGAUUGGAAGCAUUACGAUUGGUCCAAGAUGACGACCAUCGCAAUAUUUGGAGCAUAUGACCCUGAGCUUCUGUGCCACGCUCACGCAAAUGAGGUUCGAGUUGUUCUGAAAGGUGUCGUAGCAAUAAAUGAUAUUAUAGAUCAAGUUAACAGGACAGCUUGGAUCCGUAGUAAAGUGCAGCUGGCAAAAAAACAAUUUCUGGAUGGAAUCAAUUUGGAUCUGGAAGAAGCUGUUGCAUACCAAUCUGUGGAAUACCUUGCAUUAACUCAGCUUGUGAAGGAAACCACAGAAAUAUUCCACCAGGAAAUACCAGGGUCCCAGGUUACGUUUGAUGUGGCUUGGUCUCCAGAUUGCAUUGAUGGACGAUGCUAUGAUUAUGUGGAAAUUGCAAACUCCUGUGACUUUUUAUUCGUCAUGUCUUAUGAUAUACAGAGCCAGAUAUGGGAAGAUUGCAUUGCAAAGGCGAAUGCGCCCUAUUACCAGACAGUAUCAGGUAUUCAUGGCUAUUUAAAACUGGGUAUUGAUCCAAAGAAACUGGUGUUGGGAGUCCCAUGGUAUGGUUAUGAUUACCCUUGCCUCCAUUUGUUUGAGGCUGGUAGGUGUACAUUGCAAAGUAUUCCUUUUCACGGAGCCCCGUGCAGUGAUGCAGCUGGGACGCAGAUCCCAUACAAGAAGAUAAUGCAACAAGUUGACAAAUCGAUUACGGGUAGGCUUUGGGACGACAAUCAGAAAGCCCCGUAUUACAUCUACAUGGUGAAUGAGACGUACCACGAGGUCUGGUAUGACGAUCCGCAGAGCAUUUCGAUGAAGGCGCUGCUCUUGAUAAAGUUCGGUCUCCGUGGUAUAGGCAUGUGGAAUGCAAACCUCCUGGACUACAGCAAUACAGCUGCAGCUGUGAAGCUGACCGAAGAAAUGUGGGCUGCUCUAUCCCCUCCCUGAAGAACGUCCUGACCUGGGCCCAUCUCACCGUCACCAAAGAGAAUCAUUAUCCUUUUGCAACUAAUCUUAAAGAAGCUAGCUCAAACCUUAAAAAUGACUUGGACAUUAACUGACCAUCAAACUGUCAUUCAGGUACCAAUGCGGUUUGCAAUAAAGAUUUAAUAAAUUGAGUCAUUUACAGAUGUGGCAAAUCUGUACCGAGCAUGAGCUUAACCUCUCAUCGCUCAUUCACAAUACAUCCAGG